UGCAACAAUGCUCAUUCUAAGUCAUUAUCGUCAGCAGAUAUGACAGUAAAAUGCAUCGUUCAUUAUAUUAAAACAAAGAAGACAUUCCUUUUCAAGACUUCUUGGCCACUUUUGGAGUUGCAAAAAAAGAUAAAAGAAUGUUUUGAUGACCUUCUUGAAGAUAUUGAACCAGAAUAUAUUCAAAUUAUUCCUUACUUAAUAGAGACUUUUCUUCUAGCUCAACAAGAUUUUUCAUCUUACAAGUCAUUGAGUAAAGUUUUGCGAACAUUUGGAAUAAAUGAUAUUUCAUCAUUAGUAGACAUUCCUCAAUUUACAUUGGGCAAGUAUGAAUAUGACAUAGAAGUUAACAUCGAAAACAAAACAAUAAAAGCACUUUUUAAAGAAAUAAAAAUACGAUUAAAAGCUUGUGGUCCUGUUAUAGGUGGUCACGCAAAUGAGGCUUUAAGAUCUGAAUUUAUUUCACCAUUUAUGAAUCAUGCUGUGGCAGAGUCUAAAGAAGGUAUCAAAUUAAGACCACAAAAGAGAAUUUCUGGCACCUAUGGUAAAGGAUUCGUUGACUAUGCAAUAUGCUAUAAAUCAUCUGUUAUAUGCAUUACGGAGGCUAAAACCAAUGAACUCGAGAUUGGUCUCACCCAAAACCUAAAACAACUACAAGCAGCUGCUCAGAUGAAUAUUAAAAAAUGCAAAUCACCAGAUUCUUCAGAAGCUCUGUAUGGAAUUGUAACUACAGGAGUUGAAUGGCUGUUUGUUUUAUUUUCGGUGUGUUUAGACAAAAUUAACAUUGCUGCUACCUCAAGAUCAAUCCUAAGGCUCAAUGUUGACAUGGAGAAUGUUAAUCUUGAUGAACUUAGUGAUCAAGUGGUCAAAAUAUAUACAAUGAUAAAAUCAUUGCUGACUGAUCAAGUUAGAAUCAAUGAUAAAAUUGAGGAAAAUAUGUUAAGUAAUGAUGAAAAUGCUAAACCAUCUACACCCAAUAAGCCAAUUAUUCAACCGAAACUAAAACAAUUAUACUCUCAAUUUGCGUUCACAAAAAGAGUAAAGAUUGCUUGUGACAAAGAGAAAGAAAACCAGUAUCAGAGUGACAAUAAUGGAAAUAAAGUCCUGGCCGAGUUGAAAAAUAUAAAGAAUCAUGAUGACCAUAAUGAUCAAAAUCAAGUUGUCGCUUUUUCGAUAGAGGAAAUCAGGAUACAGAUUUUAAGCCCAUAUAUUGCAAAAAACGAAUUUGAAAACACUAUGAUUAAAUAUAUCGGAAAGGUGUUGAUGGACUUACAAUACAUCAAACAAAGACCAAUAAAAGCUGAUAUAGUUGGUGUCCGAUUGUCAGAUAAUCAUCAGGUUAUAUUUUUAGAAAUGAGUGGAGCUCCUACUGAUUUUUUAAAAAAUCAUCCAAUCAGUGAUGCAAAUAAAACACUCCAGGAACGAAUGGACUCCUUAAAUUCUGUUCUCUUAAAUUUCCUUUGCUAUGAUGUUAGGUUUGUAUGGAAAGUUCAUUCUUUAAGUAUUCAAGGAAUAAGGAAAGAUGACUAUGUUGAUGAAGAAAUAUUAUCAGCAGUUUUUCCACUUAGCUGGGAUUUCCACUUCCGAUUUCAUGAAAUAUUUAACAUGAUGGAAUACAUAAUACUAUCUGUCAUGGAAUAUUCCAAUGUCAUAAAAGAGUUGAUAAAGCACCCAGCAGAUUCACAAGAAUUUUCUAUUCGAUACUGUAUCACUUAUAAAUAG